UAUUCCACUAUCCUGACCUAUAGUGGACAAUUGUCGCCGGUAACAUACAAAGUAUACCAAACGAAAGAAAGAGAGCUGGUCAUCAAGAAAUGACUGAAAUCAUGGUGGGCACUUUUACCGGGGUGAUGAGAUCCAUCCUAAGUAAGCUGGCCUUUCUAACGGGGGAGAAGUUAUAUCUGCUCAUAAACUUGAGAAAGGAGGUGAAGUUCAUCACAGACGAGCUAGGUAGUAUGAAUGAUCUUCUUGAGGGGCUCGCAGAUGUGGAGGAGUUAGAUCCACAAACAAAAGGGUGGAGAAAUCAAGUGAGGGACAUGGCUUAUGAUAUUGAAGACAUCAUCGAUGACUACAUCCACUACAUAGGAGAGAAAUGUGAAAGUGAUGGGUUUGUUACCAAAACUGCUCGGUGGCUAAGAACACUGAGAGAUGGCCAUAAGAUUGUCGGUCGAAUCAAGGAGAUCAAGACUGCUGUGCAAGAAUCAAGUUUGCGGCGCACAAGGUAUAAUCUUCAUGAAUGCAUUACUAGGUCAAGCAGUGUGUCCAUUGACCAAAGGAUUUUCGCACUGUAUGCAAAUGCAGCAGACCUUGUUGGUUUGGAUAGGCCGGUAAAUGAGCUUGUCCACUGGCUAAUAGAUGACCAAAAGCAGUUGAAAUCAGUAUCCAUUGUAGGAUUUGGAGGUCUAGGAAAAACUACACUUGUGAAUGAAGUAUAUCGUAGGAUGAAGGGAGAAUUUAGGGGUUCUGCUUUUGUGGCAGUCUCUCAAAAACCAGACAUUCCCAAACUUCUCUACAGUUUGCUAUCUCAACUUGGUGGCCAGAUAUUGUUUCAUGCCUGCGAUCUACAUGACCUUGUCAACAAACUCAGAAAACAUCUCCACAAGAAGAGGUACUUCAUCGUAAUUGAUGAUCUAUGGGAUGUAUCAGUGUGGGACAUCAUUAAAUGUGCCUUUCCGGAGAAUAAUCUUGGCAGCAGAGUAAUAACAACUACAAGAAUUCAGGAUGUCGCCAAGGCAUGUUCUUUCAAUCACCGUGAAUGCAUUUUGAACAUGAAACCUUUGAGCGAUGAAGACUCCAGAACACUUUUUUUUAGUAGAAUAUUUGGCUCUGAAGCAGGUUGCCCUCAUCAACUUAAAAAUGUUUCAGUUGAAAUUCUUAGAAAAUGUGGAGGUUUGCCACUGGCAGUUAUUAGCGUUGCUAGCCUACUGGCAAGUGAAGACUGCAAUCGGAUGGAAAGGUGGGAACAUGUGCAAAGUUCACUGGGCUCAAUGUCCGGAACAAAUCUCACCUUGGAAAGAAUGAGACAAAUCUUGAACCUUAGCUACACAAAUCUUCCUCCCCAUCUCAAGACAUGCCUGAUGUAUAUUGGUAUGUAUCCCGAAGACUACACCAUGCAGAGGACUGCUUUGGAACAUCAAUGGAUAGCUGAAGGGUUUGUCAACAAAGCACAUGGACAAGAUGUGCACAAGGUUGCAAUGAGUUACUUCAAUGAGCUUGUCAACAGGAGCCUUGUUCAACCCGUGGACUUUGAAUUUGAUAAGUCAGUGAAGUCCUUCAAAGUGCAUGAUAUAAUGCUUGAUCUUAUCUUGUGCAAAUCUGCAGAAGAGAACUUUAUAACUGUAGUGGACGACAUACAAGCAGUUGCAGGACUGAAUCAAAAGACCCGUCGGCUCUCCUUCUGCUUGGACGGUGCAAUAUUACCGAAGAAAAUCAGUAUGUCACAAGUUCGGUCUCUGGCAAUCUUCCGAAACACUCAGAAUAUACCUCCUGUGGCACAGUUCAAGUUUCUCCGAGUUCUUGUUGCUGAUUUUUCUAGCGUGUAUAGCUACGGUGGGACAAUCGAUCUCAGUGGAUUGUGUAAACUGUACCAUCUUCGGUAUUUAAAGAUUGAAGGUUGUGACGCAUGCCAGCUACCAAAAGAGAUUAGGAAGCUCCAGAACUUGGAAACACUUGAUCUAGACAGUAAGUGCUGCAUCCCAUCAGAUAUAGUUCAUCUACCAUGCCUGUUGCAUCUUACUGUGCCAGCAGGUGCACGACUACCCGAUGGCAUUAACAAGAUGACAUCCCUGCGCUCUCUGCGUGAUAUUCACUUGGAAAAUAACUCAAUCGAUUGCAUCAAGGGCGUUGGAGAGCUGACCAAUCUGAGUACUCUAUACCUUACCUGGAGCGAUAGUAUGGUCGACACUGCCACACGCAUGGAUGUUCUAUGCUCUUCUCUGGAAAAACUUUGUAGCCUUCGGUGCCUGCACUUAGAUGCCACAGAUUGCAUCGAUGGUUUGAGCACCUUAUCGCCUCCUCCCCACCUCGAGGAACUCCGCAUGAAUAGCUGUUGGUUUUCCAGGGUACCUACAUGGAUGGGGAAACUCCAUAACCUCAGUGAGUUGAAACUAAGAAUUGAUGAGCUGCAACAAGAUAGUCUGUGUAUCCUUGCAGAGUUGCCCUCCCUCAUUGACCUCUAUCUAAAGAUCAGAAGAGCUCCAGUUGAAAUGAUAAUCAUCUGUGAGUCAGCAUUCCCAGUGCUAAGGCGUUUCUUACUCUGCUGCAGCAGAGUGUCAUCCAUGUCCUUCCAGGCAAAGGCAAUGCCCAAGCUCCAAAGGCUCAUUCUGCAGAUCGAAGCUCAAGGAUCGGAGUUGCACGGGGCAGCGCCUGCCGGCAUCGAGCACUUAUCAGCACUUGAAGAGAUCUCGGCACUGAUCAGCCUCUAUGAUGCUUCGUAUAAGGACACAAUUAGUGCAGAGUUUGCGUUGAGGAACGUCGCCAGCAUGCAUCUCAACCGUCCACUAACAGAAGUCAAGUUCCGUUGACCUUUUGGUACCAUCAUUUUUCUUAUCGUCCACAUUAUCUUCACCUUACUGGGAAAAGUAGUAAAAUGUAUCAGUUUUGAUUUUGCAAUGAUUGGUCUUACUGACAUAGC